AUGAGACCUCCCACCUUCCUCAUACUUGCCUCUCUCGCUGCUCUCGCUGCAGCGAAGAUAAAUGUCACCUACACUCCCGCCGAUGGCGAAUCUGUUCACCCCGGCGAAGAAGUCCGCGUCCUCUGGGACCAAGACAAACUCAUGGACCUGUCGCUCCAACUCGUCAAGAAACAAGAAGUGCUGAUGUUGCGAUGCAGAGAGUACGCUUUCUUUGUGGAGNNGGGGUUUGAUGUCAAUGAGCGUUAUGGCUUGAAGGUCGUUCAUAAUGGGACUUCGGAUUGGUUCUCUAUUACCAAGUGGACGCCUUCUAAGUAUGCGGAUCUCAAGGUAUGA